AGGUCCCCAAGAGUAUAUUGUGACUUAGAACAUUGUCGUCGUUACACAAAAUGAAUAAUACGAUUCUAUCAAUCGUAGUUGGCGUUGUUUUCUUCUUGGCUCUUCUUGGCUCACACUCGAAUGCAAACGUCUGCACGAUUUCGGAAAAUAAUUUUAAUGUUUAUCGAAAAAUAUCAAACAGAGAAUUGGUGACGACUUCAAAUGAGACAGAUCAAUGCAAAUUUAAUCCUAUAGACAACUAUUACAUUAGAGACACGUACAGGACUAAAAAUUUGAACAUACGAUCCGAGAGACAUAGAAUAAGUGUGGACGGGAAAGAACAAGAGCAGCGAGUUUGGGUUAGAAUUGACGAUAUUAGAAAGGGCAGAUUGACAAGAUCAGAAUCAUUGCCUAAUAUUCGUCGCGAACGAAUUCGGAACGCAAGAGAGAGGGAUAUUGACAUAAGAGGUAAUCUACACCCACGAGCUUUAGAACGGAAUGGUAGAAGAAUUUUGGAACAUCGUCCUGAUGAAAGAAUUUUUAGACGCGAAGUAAGAGAUAGACAAUACGAUGUGCAAAGAAUUCGAGAUAAUAUAGAUAAAAGAAGCAGGACAGCGCACACCAGACAGAAUGGUAUGGUUGCUAUUAAAGACAAGGAUGAGGCGUCAUCAUGGCCAUUCUCAAAUUUUGUCCAGUCAGCAAUUGGUGUUCUUGGACUUUACUAUUUUGGGAUGCAUAGUAAAAACAUUAAGUAAUUAGAAUUACUACUUACAAGAACAUGUUAGUGAACACUUAGUAUAAGUAUUAUAACAAAAUUAUCAAAAUGUUAAUGAAAUAAUGAAUAUAUGAUUACAUUUUUCUUCCAGAACAACUA